AUGGCAAUCCUAUCUGAACUGUGGACGCCAUUGUUGUGGUACACAAAACAGCAUCAAAGCUAUGAUGAACACUUCACAGAAACAAUUAGCACUCUUUUCUAUGGUGUAGGCAAUCUGAAGGACUCUACGCGACACUUCAUAGCUAUUAUGGCUGCCACACGCCAUCGUUGUUCAUUCCUAAUAGAUCUUCACGAACGAGAAUUUGAACGAUAUGGUGGUGAUCCAAAAUGGUUGAAAGGAUUAAAAUAUGUUGACGAUCCAAAAUUACAAUUCUUGGACAAUAUCAACGUGAUAUUGGCACAUCAACCAUGGCUAUGUAAUGGAGAAUACAUUACGAGUUUGGUACAUGGUGAUCCUCAAACGCAUUGGUCAAUUCACGAUUUGGCUCAAGCGGUUGUGAUCCUCACACACACGCAUGCACUCUGCUCAUUUGUACAUGGUGUAGGUGCUGUGCAUCCGAGCCAAUCCGCCGAAUCGAAUCGCACCGAGUGUUCGGACUGGGCGCUGCGAAACAAGGAAAACACCGGGUCACAAACAGGGGAGGUUGAGGAACUGCUUCGUCGUAUGGCAAGUCUUCGACGUCCAACAAUCGAUGGCGGCGAGAUGUCUGCAAAUAACGCGCUACACUUUCUCGCCUUAGCUGACGGGUCGUCUGACGUAAAUUCUGGUGGCGAAUCACCGGUAGGAAACUCUGGAGAUGAGGAAGCUGUGUUCAGCUACCAGAAAGAGUUCGGAUAUGUGGAUUUUGCGUCACGGAAGGAUCGUGCGAAGACCUUUAAGAUCCAUGAAUUCACCUGGGAUCACGGAUACAGUCUCCUUAAUGAUUUAGUUCCGGAAUCGGCACAGAAUUUGGAUGAUAAGUUCGAGUUAACGCAAAGACUCACGUAUUCAUUUAUGGGUGGAUACGAUAACGUGGACACUACUGUGUAUCGAAGUGCCGUCUGGAACUAUAUCCAUGCUCUUUUUGGUAUAAGACACGAUGACUACGAUUAUGCAAAGGUGAAUACAUUGUUAUCCCGUGAGAUGAAGACGUUUGUGAAGACAGCAGCAUGUUUCCCUCAUCGAAUUACAGAUGAUAUGCGAGCAUCCGUAAUGAAGGACUUUAAAAUCUCAGAAAAGAUCCACGUGAUGUUGUUGAUAAUGGAAGCACGUCUCCAAGCAUCAUUAUUGUACUUCACUCGAGCCCUAACAAAUCACUAUUCUCAAACGAAAAGAGCCACUCAGCCAAAACGUCUAGAUUAA